AUGAACCCACCUAGUCACUCUUUGAUGAGUUUUCACAAAUGCAUGAUCAAAGCUUACUUCUUUCACUCCAUCAUCACCAUCCUAUGCUUCUUGAACACGUCCUCGCCAUCGUAUGGCCAAGAGGAUAAACAGUAUUCCACUUGUAAUAGCUCCUACACCUGUGGGAAUAUUCAAAAUAUCAGCUUUCCUUUCUGGGGAGGUGAUCGACCUCAAGAAUGUGGUCUUCCACAAUUCGAGCUUGCAUGUGAAGCCAAUCAGGAUCCCCUUAUACAUAUCGAUGGUCAUAAUUUUCGCGUACUUGACAUCAAUGGAGACAAUCAAACCAUGAGAAUUGCACGAAAUGAUCUUGAGGAAGACAUUUGUCCUGAUAGAUUCGGUAAAACUAGCUUAAACGAUGCCCCUUUCAGCUAUGGUCCUAACUAUAUGAUGCUCAUCCUGUUCUAUGCUUGUCCUUUCGAUAUACCUUCUGAAUGGAAAAAUUUCACCUUUAGCUGCAAUAACACUGGAGAUUCCAGUCAUGGUUUCUAUCCAGAUCAGUCAUUUAUAUCAUUCUGGGGACCAAAGUAUGGGAGUUGUGAGUACGUCACGGUUCCUGUGUUGCUAUCAGCAUUUAAUCAGUUCCAAGACCAAAAAAGUAUGAAAAUAUUGGAGCUAUUGAAGCAAGGGUUUGAUGUGGUUUACAACAAAAGCCUAGUAUGCAUAGCUUGUGAGAGAUCAGGGGGAUUAUGUUGGUCAGAAACAGAUUUUGCGGAGCCAACUUGCCUUUGUCCGGACCGAACUUACUCUUAUUACUGCGGUUUAGAACCAGAACAAGGCAAUAAUAGACAUAUCUCGGUGAAGAGAGCCCUAGGUAUCUCUGCUGCUGGGAUAGGAAUAGUAUUAAUCUGCUACAUGAUCUACUGGUUUGUCUUUAAGAAAUCAUCUGCUACACGCCUUUCGUUACCAAAGCAGGGGAGGGAACAUCAGAAUGUUGAGACCUUCCUCCGGCAAUAUGGAUCCCUUGCCCCUAAGGUAUACAGCUAUUCAGACAUUAGGAAAAUGACAAAUUCACUUCAACAGAAACUUGGACAAGGGGGUUAUGGAGGGGUCUAUAAAGGUUACCUAAACGGCCGUCCUGUUGCUGUAAAGAUUUUAAAUUCUACCAAAGGGAAUGGAGAAGACUUUAUCAACGAAGUUGCAAGCAUCAGUAGAACUUCACAUGUGAACAUAGUUACUCUGUUGGGAUUCUGUUUCAAUGGUCGAGAAAGAGCUCUUAUUUAUGAAUUCAUGCCAAAUGGAUCACUCGAUCAACACAUUUAUGGUGAAGAUUCUAAGUUGGGAUGGGAAAAGUUGUACGAAAUUGCACUUGGGAUAGGUCGAGGACUGGAGUAUUUGCACCGAGGGUGCAAUGCACGAAUACUGCAUUUCGAUAUAAAACCUCACAACAUCCUUCUUGAUGUAGACUUUUGCCCCAAGAUAUCUGAUUUUGGCUUAGCUAAACUAUGCCUUCAGAAAGAAAGCAUGAUAUCAAUGUUGGAAGCAAGAGGAACCAUUGGUUACAUUGCUCCGGAAGUAUUCUGUAGAAAUUUUGGAGGCGUCUCACACAAAUCCGAUGUUUACAGCUAUGGAAUGAUGAUUCUUGAAAUGGUUGGUGGAAGGAGGAACUACAGUGCUGAAAGAAGUCAUCAUAGUGAAAUAUACUUCCCGCGUUGGGCUUAUCAACGCCUUGUGACAGAUGAAGACUUGAAUAUACAAUGCAUCACGACCAAAGAAGACGAAGAAAUUGCUAAGAAGAUGAUACUAGUAGGCUUGUGGUGCAUUCAAACUGAUCCCUCACAAAGGCCAUCAAUGAGUAAGGCAAUUGAAAUGCUUGAAGGUAACUUAGAGACCAUCCAAUUUCCACCAAAGCCUUUUAUAUGUUCUCCCUCGCAAUCAGAAGGAUCAUCGAUGAUCCCUUUGGGGAAGCCAACAAAGCCCUUUAUAUAUUCUUCUUCGAGUUCAACACUUGAUUCUACAGAACAUUUGGUUAUAUAA